AUGAACCCUUCUCCUGCGCAGAAUAACGACCACGACACACAACCACCUUCGUAUCCACAAUUGUCCUCGCCCCGUCGUUCUCCUCUUACACAGUCGUCCGCAUCGUCCUCGGUGGAUGGGAGGAAGGCAAAACUACAUUUACACCCCUACUCCAGCACCAAUGACAACUCGAUCUCGCAAUCAUCCCUCGACCGCGCGCGUACACGCUCCUCACCUGCACUGUCGACCAGGUCAUCAACAAAGUCGUCUGCGUCGUCUUCGUCGGAUGGAAAGAAACGCAUUGGGAAUGGGAGUGAGAAUAGGAGUACAGCUGGACCGCUGCCUAGCACACCAACAUCACCCGCAACCGCGCGGAACGGACGCCAACUAUUGCAAAAAGAUACCCACACCCACGCCAAUCCUAAUCCCACAGCCAACGCUAAUUCUACAGCAUCAACAUCAGGAUCGACAUCACCAUCAGGAUUGGGAAGAAGGACCGGUACUAUGGUGGGCGAGCGGCCGCGCUCGGUGUCAACUGGCAGCAGAAGUAGUACCAUGCAGGUACAGCGCGCUGCAGCGACUCCUACUCCUCCUCCGCCAUACACCAUCUCAGCUGCAGCGCAUACAUCCUCGUCCACCACUGCACCUUCGACUCGAAUACCGACAAAGUCGCUGACCCACACAUCCUCUCCACCCACCACGGCAUCUCCAUCCUCCCCUUCAUCCAGUCCAACAGCUCAUGGUCAUGCGAACUCGAACGCAAUCCGCCGCCCAUCACUCGCAUCACCACUUCCACCCUCGCCUCUUGUCCCGCCUUCGCAUACAUUGCCGCAUCCACACGCGCACAGUCACCCACACUCGACCCCGACAACUCCAGGCAACAAGCGAUAUACGACACUGACCUCGUCAUCCCAUACGUUGUCACCCUCAGCACACGCACAAGUCCACUUUCCCUCGUCACGCGAAUCUCCGUUACCAUCUUCUUCGUCGUCAGGAGUGGCAGCAGGAAGAAUGGUUCACGGAAGGCAUAAAUCCAAUCCGAGUUUGCGUUCGGGGCCUAUGGGUGAAGGAUACCCGGCAGAAGUGCAUGCAAGUGGGCAGGGUCAUGUACAACGACCGUCAGUACAAGGAUGGGCGCAUGCUCAGUACGUUACGCUGCCUUCAUCGCGUGUGCAUGCGCGUGGCCAUGUUUCUUCGAAUCCUAGUUCCAAUUCCUAUGCAGCCACCACUGCAAAUGGUAACGCCAGUACGUCGUCGAGUCCUGGGUCGGCCAUGAACGGAAACGCGUCGUCAAUGCGCCCCGAGUCACCCUCUACUGCUGCCAUGAUGCGGCGCCUGCUUGCCAAGCCAGCACCUGUGGGGUCAUCGUCUCCAUCGCAUGUUUACAAUAGCGAUGGCUAUACGAGCCCCGGUGGAGGAAACAGUGGGACGGAGAGACGCCGAGGCACGGGUCUAGCGUAUUUGAGCGGGAGUGAGAGUGAUUCGGGGUGGCCUGGGUCUCCUCGAGCGAUUGAAGAGGCAACGGGAAAGCCAACGACUCAAUUACAGCCGGUUCGGCGCCAACCACCAACUCAAUCCCAACCCCAGUCUCAGCAGCAACCACAAGCCAGGAACAAGCUAAAAAAGACACCCGAAGAGAAGGAACGCGCGAUGGCGCGCGGCGUUGCCGAUCUUGCGUUUUUCAACGACGGUGGGUUGGAUUUGGGGUUGGGGAAAGGUUGGGAUAAGGACGGGAGGUAUCCUGUUGGCAGUGGCAGUGGGAUCGGUAUUGGGAAUGGGAAGAAGGAGCUUGGGCGCAGUGUCAGUCUCGGUGCUGGUGCGGCAGGAUAUCAUCAGGCCAAACCCCGCCAGGAGCAACAGCAGCAUCAAGACUACUAUUACCAGCAGGCGAAGCAGCAGCAGUAUGCGCGGUAUUCCGAGCAGCAACCGUAUCAGCUCUCGAAUGGAGCGACCAUACCCUCCUCGACCACAUUCGCAGAGAAAGAAAAAGAGACAGAGAAAGAGAAGGAGAAGGAGGAGAAGCGCAAGCCAAACCUCCUGAGGCGGAAGAAUAGCAGCGCUGCGGCCGCCGGAGCACCUAUGCACACACGAUCUGCAAAAAACAAGGAAAAGGAGAGGGAGAGGGAAAAAGAGAGCAAACAUUAUGUGUCGGCAUCAAGCGGUUCGUCGUCGCAGGGUCAUUUGCAUUCGUACUCUCAACCAAACUCGCACUCGAGUCACCACAAUCCAUCGCAUUCACAUCCGCAUACUCUACAACAAUAUCCACACCCGUACGCGUACCCACACCCUCAAUCACAAAAUCCUCCUCCACCUUCAACCCAGAACCAGAACUACAGGACAAGCUCAUAUGUGUCCCCACCCCCACAUCCUCACUAUUCAGAGUUUGGCGUCAUGUCUUCGUCGCCUUCUCAGGAAUAUAGGGGGAGUGGGAACGGAGACCAAGCGCUCGGACGAGGUCAAGCACACGGAUACCGACAAGGUCAAGAGCGAGGUCAAGCACAAGUAGCACAAGGUCAUGCACAAGAGGGACCGGGGUACGCGAGCGGAGGCUAUACCGUCAAUGGGGCCGGACCUCACGGACCGGGUAUGCAUGGGUCCGAGUUCGACGAGCCAUUCCUACAACCGCAGCAGCAACUGAGGCCAGUAUAUCACGAUCAGAAACGGGGUUUGUAUCAACAUCAGGAACAGCAUCGCCAUCAACAUCACGAUCAGAGCGAAAGUGAGAGGUGGGGCGAGAGGGAGGGAGAAGAAGACGCAUACCAUCAACAUCAGCAGCUGCAGCAACUCGAGCACCAGCGGGAAGGUUUAAGUCUAAGAGAACAGGAUCAGGAACGAGAACGAGAGCACCCGCAGGAGCUUCACGAUUUCACGAAUUCGACUACGCCUUCGACGUCGCCUGCGAGCGACGCACAUACUUCGCUUUCAACCGAUAUGCGUUUCCUAGGAGGAUCUUCCAGCACGGGUAAGACGAAGAGUACGCCUGGUGCCAGCGCAACGUCGCCAGUCACUGGCUCUGUCCCUGGCAAUGUGGUAAAGAGCCUUGGCAAGUCGACAGGUAAAUCAUCGGGCGCAGGCAAAGCCACAGGUGUACACCGCGCUGCAUCGGCCUCCGCUGUCCUCGCCAGUCUGAACCCGACCCCGCGGUAUGACUCCUCUUCGUCUGUGCAGCGAUCCUCGGGUCUCCCGUCUCCGUCACCUUCAUCAUCGACGUUCAGAAACGUCAGCAGACAGAGCGACGCACCCCGCACACAUACACGCACACACACCGACAUUCACAUCCGCCCCAUCGCCAGUGGCAGCGGCAACGGCACCUCCAAGGACCCACCGCGCUCGCCACGCUCGCCUAUCCCGAUGCCCACCCUCGUCCCCCUGCCUAUCCCGUCCCCAACUCCGAUCGGCACGCAGGCCCAAUCUUCAUCGUUUGCGUACUCUCGGGUACCCGGUACACCCGGCAGUGGGCGGAGCGGUAGUAGCGGAGGAGGAGGAGGAGGAGGAGGAGCGCUGCGCCCACCCGCGCCGCUGUUUGUGACGAACCCGAACCCGGGAUCGGGAUCGAGCGUGAGUUCACGAGGGAGCGCGUCUCCCUUGCCAUCACCGCUGCCGUCGCCCUCACCAUCUGCACUUCGUGCGCCGUCGCGGGCGUUUUCUCCUGUACAGUCGCAGUCGCCACCCCCAGUGGAGGGGAAUGCGAUUAAGAGCCCGGCGGUAGGGGCGGCUGCGGCAAAGAGUCCAGUUGGCAUUCGGUUCUUUGGGCGGGGUGGAAGUGGGAGCGUGAGUGCAUUGGCUGAGAAGGAACAUGGGAAGGAGAAGAAGCGAGAGAAGGAAAGCGAGAAAUCCAAGGCGAAGGAGAAGGAAAAGGAUAAGGAAAAAAUGAAAGAAAAGGAAAAGGAGCGCGGGCGGACGUCGGUCACACCUGCAUCAUCGCUUGUUGAGGCAUACAAACGGCAGGAACGGGAGCGGGAGAUGCUGGCGAGAAUAGCAUCUGGCGGCGGUGGUGAGAGCAACGGUGUAAUCGAAACAUUGGAGGAGGAACAGGAGGAUGUGUAUGAGUAUCAGAGCCGUGGGCAGAUUUAUGGCAAGAAUGAAGAAAAGCAGCGGCAGCGGGUUAUUGCAGAGCGGCUAGAGGAAGAUUUGAAAGUGCGCAGGGCGGCGCUGGAGGAGGCCAAGGCUGCGAAAGCGAAAGCGAAAGCGGAGGAGGAGGAGCGGGUGAAGGCCGAAGCAGAGGCAAGGGCGAGGAUGCAAGCUGAGGCUGAGGCUGAGGCUGAGGCUGAGCGACAGGCUGCUAAGGAGAAGGAGAGAGAAGCGGGUAUGAGGCGGAGAUACAGUCUCUCGCUGCUGGACGCUCUGGAUGUAAAUACAUCCACUGACAACGCUUCACGCCCUGGUUCGAGCGCUGGUCGGAGUCGGAGUGCGGCAAGAGGCGACAAAGAUCCGGAUAGAAGGACGCCAACGCCGACAGUGUCCGUGCGGAGGAACUUGACCGUGGACGGAGCGAGCCAUUCCCAUCACCACCAUCAUCAUACUAAUUAUCACCAUCCACCACAACAUCAGCAAAGUCAGCCUCAUUCAACACAUCAUCAUCAUCACCAGCACCACCAGCUGCAGCGCUCGCAGAAUUCACAGUCGUCUCUGCUGCAGCAACAGCGCAAGUCGGUGUAUUCGUUUGCGAGCGGGGUGACGCAGGACAGCGGGCUGGACCUUGGACCGCGCGCGGCGUCGGGGUCGAUGGAGCUCGAUUCGUACUCGUAUGUGCAGAUGGAGGGGCAGCGGGAGCGUGGUUGGGAUGUGAUACAGCGUGUCGUGGGUGGUGGAGAUGGUGCAGUUGCUUCAGGUUCCGGGGUUGAUGGGCGCAGCGAGAGUGUGGCGCCUUCGUUGGAUUUGAAGUUGAGUUUGGAUUUUGAUUUGGGUUUGGAGUUUCGGACUUCGGUGGAGAGUGGUAAAGAGGAAGAGGUAGGGGCGAAGAAGGGAGUUGAGAAGAAGGUGGAUAUGGAGAAGGUGAAGGUGAAUGAGAGGCAGGCGAAGGGUGAAGAGGUCCAGGAAACGGAGGUAGCUGAAGGUGAAGGCGAUGCUACGCCGUAUUACACCGUGUUUGGAAGCUCGUCUGGUCGCGUUGUUGCGGUAGGAAGUCGAGAGGAUGCUUGGGCGGGUGUGACUUCGUCCGACAUCUAUUCUGGCAAGGGCAAGGAACGCCAGACAGCGCGCGACAAGGAGAAGGAUAGCGGUCGCCCCAGCCUGAGUCGAACACUGAGCAAGAAGGUGUCGGAGCGGUGGAAGAAACAGGGUGGAAGUGUUGUGGGCGUGUUUAGUGAUUCUGAGGGGCGGAGUCCGGUCGGGCGGGCGAGCAUGCAGGAACGAAGGAAGGUUUUGUCGCGCAAGGCGGGUACAGGCACGUCGGGAACGGUGGAUGAGGAGGAGGACAGGAGAGCAAAGGCGAAGCAUCGGCGGUCGUUGACGUUGUCCAUUGAUAAAUACGCGUCUGAAGAUGACGGGCCGGAGGUUGCACCGAAAAAUGUAAAGGCGAAGGAAGAACUGGCUUCUGUGUCGCACAACAACAGUCCGGCUGGCACUGGCAACUCUUCGAGUGGUGGUGGGAAGUUUUGGAAGCUGAUGAAGAGGAUUAGUAUCGGAAGUGGGUUGAGAGACAAGUUUGUAGAGUCCAAUCCGGAUCCGGUCCCCCCUCCGCCUCUUCCUCCUCCUCCAGUACCUCCUAUCCCUGCCACACCUAUUGCGAUGCCGGCCAAACGCACACUCCAUCCCUCGCGAUCCAUUGACUCGUCGAUAAAGAAUGCCAGCGGGAAGCUUUCCUCACCUACGAUCUCAUCCUCGCCUGCCUCACGUCCAAGUAUGAGCACCAGCACCACGCCGACAUCUACCAAAAAUCCCACCCAGUUCCCACGUCAGAGCACGACUACAGCAACGACUGCCACCACACGUUCUUCCUCCCCACUUUCACGACGCAGCUCCGACUUCCAUCGCGCUCAAUCGACUCGCUCGUCAAUGUCGUCUGUCAGUGCGGGCGACUUCACUUCCGCCCCUCCGCCGCCGCCGCCGCCGUUGCCGUUGCCCAUGUCAAAAGCUAGCAUUAUGCUUGGACAGCACAUCCUGACACCCAGCGAGCUGCGCCGCACCUCGGCUGACGCCUCGACUAUGAACGCUGCAUCCGCCGCGGACAAGCCCGGCACGAAUACUCCUGCACUGCGUAUUACGAAUAUGCCACCACUGACGCUCCGCGAGCCGGUUAGCCCGGCGGAUGAGGACUGGAUGAUUGUGCGUUCGCCUUCUGUGGAGCUGUCGUCGUUGCCUUUGCCCCCGAGGAGAUUCAUGAGUGCUACACAGUCGCAUACGAAGGCUUCUGCCGCUGCUGCUAAAGUUGCAAGUGUGGUCCCGCCGACAUCUGCAACUGGGGUGCCCGCAUCAGCCGCUGCGAGCUGGAGCAUGUCCGACAAUGAUAAUGACCGGAAUGCAGCGACCAACGAGGACGAUGAUGAUGAGGAGGACAAGCGGAGCGACCGCGCAGACUCGCCGAUCAUUCCUUCGUUCAGUACGACGUUUGCUGUGAACUCGUUCCCUUCCCGCCGAGCAUCGACGGCGCUGUCGCAUAUAUCAGGCGGAAAAGACACGCCUUCACCCUCUUCAUCACAUGCCCCUCACUCUGCUGUGUCAUUGCCGUCGAGGAGAACUAGUACUCUGAGCGGCGUUGCGUCUCCGUCCUCUGCGGCUAUGUCUUCAUCUUUCCCGUCUUCCUCGUCUGCAGUACAUCCAACUACAGGUAGUAGCCCAGUUACCACGCCCCCUCCGCGCCCACCACGGAGUGCACAGCGUGGCGCUCCUAGUGCAAGCAGCCCGAUCCCAAGUCCUAGCUCGAGUCCUCCAAAGUCUCAAGGCAUGAACUGGAGCGCGUCGUUACCCCCGCUCACAUCGGCGGCGUGGUCUUCGUCGGCUUCGUUACCGCAUACACCGCCGAGCAGUGGUGGUGGUAAUCGUCCGGCGACCUCUAUUCCUGCAGGACGCAAAUCCGAAUCUCAUGCGACUUCAUCUACCGUAUUACCUUCCUCAACCACCAACGCCUCCAGCACAACCUCAAACUCGACCUCGACCUCGACCUCAGUCUCAACGAGCAGCAAUAGCAAUUCGAAUGCGAAAGCGCACCACCGCCGCUCCUCUGGCGGCUUCAGCACGCUGACGAUCCGGCCUUCGUUUACACUUGGUGGGAAGCGGCGCUCGAGCUCGAUUAUUGUGCCUUCUACUUCGGCUUCGGCUUCGGGUUCAACGUCAACUUCAGCUGCAACUUCGAAUGCUGCUGCUGCUGCUGCUGCUGCUGCUGCUGCUACGGCUGCGGCUAGAUCGAAAUCCCCACCUCGGACAUCACAGGGUUUGCAGCGUCCCUCGACGUCGGCUAAACAGGUGACGGGGACUGAUCGUACUGAUGAAAGUGAGAGCAGUGGCAAGGAACGAGAUAGGGAAAAGGAGAAGGACAAGUUUGCGUUGACGGAGCAGGAAAAGGCGGAGCGGUGGGCUGAUCUUUUGGAAAGGAGCGAUCGGGCGGGCGGGACACUGCAUAUUGAGCUUGGAGUUGGGUUGAGCGAGGGUUCGUUUUAA